ACACAGCAAGCACCAACCAUCUCCACUCAGAGGACCCUCCAGUCAAAAAAGUCAAACGAACAGAUGACAAUAUUUUGAAUGAAGUACUGAAGAGCCACAAAGCCAAUAUGAAGAAAAGAUUUGAGAACAUAUGCGAAGGCAUCAUAAGGCCAGGUGCCCAAACACUCCUGAACAAGAUCUACACAGAGCUCUACAUCACUGAGGGAGAAAGCGAAGGGGUGAAUAAUGAACAUGAGGUUUGGCAGGUAGAAGCAGCAUCCCGACCACAAACUACAGACGACACAGCCAUCAACUGCAAUGACAUCUUUAAGCCAUUACCUGGACAGGAGGAACACAUAAGAACUGUCAUGACCAAAGGGAUUGCUGGCAUUGGAAAAACUGUCUCAGUGCAGAAGUUCAUCCUUGACUGGGCAGAGGAGAAAGCUAAUCAGGAUGUAGACUUUAUGUUUGUACUUCCAUUCCGUGAGCUGAAUCUGGUUAAACAUGAUCUGUACAGUCUUCACAGGCUCCUUCUUGACUUCCACCCUGAGCUUAGGCGAUUAGAGAAUGCUGAAUAUAGAGACUGCAAUAUUGUGUUCAUCUUUGAUGGGCUGGAUGAGAGUCGGCUACCACUUCAUUUCCAGAAGAACCAGAAGUUGUCUGAUGUCAGUCACACAGCAUCAAUGGAUGUGCUUAUGACGAGCCUGAUUCAGGGAACCUUGCUAACAUCUGCACGAAUCUGGAUAACCUCUAGACCAGCUGCAGCCAAUCAGAUCCCUUCCCAUUGUGUCAAUCUGGUGACAGAAGUUAGAGGGUUCAAUGACCCUCAGAAGGAAGAGUACUUCAAGAAGAGGAUCAGCGACCCAAAUAUAGCCAACAGAAUCAUCACACACAUCACGACAACCAGGAGCCUCCACAUCAUGUGCCACAUGCCCGUCUUCUGCUGGAUUGCAGCCACUGUACUUCAGAUGAUACUGGAACAUGAUGAUGGGAAGAAAGCUCCCAAAACUCUGACAGAGAUGUUCAUACAUUUCCUACGUAUCCAGACCACAAGGAAGGACCAGAAGUAUAAAGAGGAAGUUGAGAGAGAUGGGCACCUGGAAUUACACAAGGAUGUGAUAUUGAAACUGGCAGAGCUGGCAUUCACACAUCUGGAGAAUGGCAACCUCAUGUUCUAUGAAGAUGACCUGAGAAAGUGUGGCAUUGAUGUCAGUGAAGCAUCAGUGUACUCUGGUAUGUGCACAGAGAUUUUUAAGGAGGAACGCGUAUUUGGCCACAGGAAAGUCUAUUGCUUUGUCCAUCUGAGCAUCCAGGAAUUUCUUGCUGCAUUACACGUGUUCUCUCUCUAUCUGAACAAGAAUAGGGUGGUGAUAGGAUAUUUCUUGAAAAGAAAGGCCAAGGUUACAGCAGAUUCAGAAGUGCCUCUCGAUGAGCUGUUGAAGGGUGCAGUGAACAAAGCCUUGGAAAGCAAGAAUGGACACCUUGAUUUGUUUGUGCGCUUCCUUCAUGGCAUUUCAUUGGAGUCAAAUCAGAGACUCCUUCUAAGCGUCCUGCCACAGAUCCACAGCAGCCCAGAGAGUGUGAAGAAAACAAUCAAGAACCUGAAGGUGAUGCAAAGACCAAACAUCUCCCCUGAGAGAUACAUAAAUCUUUCCCAUUGCCUGGUGGAAAUGCAUGACUCCUCUGUGCAUGAUGAAAUCCAGGCUCUUCUCAAGACAAAGACGUAUUCAGUCAAACAGCUUUCACUUGCCCACUGCUCUGCCUUGGCCCAUGUUCUUCUGAUGUCUGAUGAGGUGCUGGAUGAGUUUGAUCUGAAGAAAUACAAAACUACUCCAGAAGGUCGUAGAAGACUGAUCCCAGCUGUCAGAUGUUGCAGAAAGGCAAUGUGA